AUGAGGGAAAUUGAUGCGCAUUUCGAUGCCUAUGAGCACCUGAAACACCUUCCACGGGACGGCGAGGCGCUACAUACCCUCCGCAAGGCUGCGUCCAUGGUCAAGCCCAUGAUGAGGAAACGAGGCUGGAAGGUUGGAAUACUUGCCGAGUUCCUUCCUGAUGAGCCUCAGCUGCUAGGCCUCAACAUCAACCGCACAGAGAGGAUCCUGAUCCGGCUGAGAUAUCACUAUGAUUCCAGGCAGUUCCUGUCCCUGGAGCAAGUCACAGAUACCUUACUGCAUGAACUCUGCCACAUAGUCAUUGGCCCCCACAAUGUCGACUUUAACAAUCUCUGGAACGAACUUCGGGAGGAGCAUCAGUCUCUUCUUGCGAAGGGUUACACUGGUGAGGGAUUCCUGACGCAAGGCCAAAAACUCGGCGGUAGGCGCAUACCGCUCGACGAGAUGCGCCGCCAGGCUCGGGUCGCCGCUGAGAAGCGACGAACGUCGACCGACGCCAACGCAGGAGGGCAUCGCUUAGGUGGUUCGCGACCUACAGCACGCGGUGUUGAUAUGCGUAAGGUCAUCGCAGAUGCGGCAUCACGCAGAAACAGCAUCACCGAAGGUUGUGCAAGCGGAAGCUCUGAGACUCAGCGGCUAGUCAACCAGGUCAAUCAGCAAGAGCAGGACAGGUUUCGCACCACAGCUGAGCAAGAUGAUGCCAAUGAUUGGGCGAUUGCUCAAGCCUUGCAAGAUCUCAUGUACGACGAGGAAAUGCAGAGAUUAGGCGCCCCGACUGGAAACGGUGGGCUAACUUGGGAUCCUCAAAACGGACUGCAGUUCGACAGUGCACCACCUUCCCCUAGCACCUCGCCUGCUCCACCAACUCAAUCUCAUCCUACACGCAGCACAACUUAUCCUCUUCCAAGCCGAUCUCUGCCACGAUCAACCGCGCAAACUUCAUCAAAAGCACUAACACGCACUCCUUCAACAUCCGCGAGGACACCCUCGCGCCUUAUCUCGUACGACGAAGAGCAACGAAGGAACAAGCGUCUUCCCCCCACACCACCGCGGCCAUCUCCGCCACAGCAGUCUGUCACGUUCCCCACUGACCCGAAUAAGUGGGCGUGUCCGCAAUGCACGCUGCACAACCCACUCGACUAUCUUGCCUGUGGUGCCUGUGGCCUUGAACAGCCACCUCAGCCCAUACCAGAACACAAACGUUUUGCAUCGUCAUAUACUGUACCUGCUCUACCCAAACCACCGCCGCAGUCUGGACUGCGAGGGCAGGGUGCCACGCCGUUUGAACCUGCAAGGGGUAGGAUAGGCUGGAAUUGUCUUGAGUGCGGGACCUUCAUGGAAAAUGAAUGGUGGACCUGUUCGCUCUGCGGAACGAUGAAGUCGGACUCGUAG